AUGAUCCAGGUGGUCUCAAACUCAACAGAGACGCUGGAAUCAGUUUAUUCCAAAAGUUUAUCCACUACAGAACUCAUACGAUUCCUCUAUAAGCUAUCAUAUGCUACUGCUGAUAGCUCUGAUUCCGAUGAUACAUUUUCACCAGUGGUGUUCAAGAUUUUCAAGCAUUUGCCUUUGAGUUUGCAGGUUUGUUUCCUUGUGUCGGACGAAAAAGGAAAGAAUCCAUUGCUAAACUCACUGGUUAAGGCUGUGAAUUCCCAUGGGUUUAUUUCGUUCAUCGAAGACACUCCAACAUAUGACUUUGAGGUGAAUUUGAAUUCGAUCGAAUUCUUUUAUUUGAAAGAAUCCCUUUCCCGGAAUCCUGGACAAUUCUCACACAUACUGUUCCAAAAUGCGUAUUUUAGGAGGUAUGAUGAGAUACUGCUUUUUCAUCAAUUUCAAACAUUGAAAAUUGAUUUGAGUGAAAUCAGACAGUUUCAAAACGUGCUAUACAAAGUGACCGGAGUUUUCCUGAAAUCAAAAACAGAUCUGCGUGAUAUCGAUUUGUGUCCCCGAUCCAGAAUAAAAGAGAUUGAUCUUGAAAGUUCAUUGGUGCAUGACAAAGAAGUACAGAACUUCUUAUCUUCGUUGGAUAACAUCCAAAAACUGAACUACAAAGAUUGGUAUUAUAAUGCACAAAAUAGACACGAAGUUGCUUUCUGUCCGAAUAAUGGUGUUACUGACUUUGAAUUAUUGUUCUCCAAUCAAGUGAACAGCGAUAUGCUUCGCCCAUUUGGACUAGAGAAUAUUUCAAAAAUGCAUAUCAAUUUAGGAGAUUCUGACCACGCGUCUUUGGAUGUUGAGGAGAUCAUCCCAAAACUGAAUCGUCUAAAUACGCUUACCAUUAAUGCGAUGAUGAGCCCGUCUUACUUCUCUUUGACAUUCAACUGUGAAAGCGCUAACUUGCAAUAUUUGAAUAUUACUAGGUCAAAUCUACAACGGUGUGAUUUUUCAGAACUUUAUGCUCUCAAAGAGCUUGUUCUGCUAGACUGUGUUAUAGACUCUGCAACUUUGGAUACAAUGAAGAAUUCACGAAACCUCUCAACUCUAAUAGUCAUCAAUGGCGAGAUCCUUUGGUCAAACUUCUGGCAAAUUCCAACGCAGCUCACCAAGCUUGCUUUGUUAAGCAAUGAUCACAACAGCUACAAAGACUUGAUUUUCUUUGGGAACUCGUCCAAUAAGCGAGCAGAUGAAUACGCCCAACUUUUGAAUUUGAACAUUAAUUCCGUUUCAUUUGGUCUACAGUAUAGAGCAGGAGAUUUGAUCUCUGUAUGCAAGAUUGGACAAAACAAAAUCAAAUUUCCAAAAAGUGUUGGACCCGAGCAGGCUGAGAUCACUUUUAUCCCAAAUUUCAAUAGCAUAGACUUUGAUUUUCUUGAUUUCGACGAAGCAGGACUUUCCGAGCUGAAAAUAAACCUAUAUUCUUUUGGAAACAUAUUCCACAAGCCAAAAAAUGUGCCAAGCGGUAUUGAGUGUCAGUACGCUUACUCAAAUCUGAAUAUGCUUGAGAGAGAGACGAUUAAAGAUGUUAAACUCAAAACAGUCCUUGAUUCCAAUGAGGGUAUUUUUGAUUACGAUUCGGAUGACGUUCAUUCAAGAGGGAAUCUCAGUAUUGAUAUGGACUACUCAGAGAGUGAUAGCGAAUACAAGUACUCCAGAAGAAGAACAAGAAAUAAGGGACGAUCGAACAGGAAGUUGGCUGACGAAUCUAAUCUAACUGAUGAUGAUAACAAUUUAAACGAUAGCGAGGAGGAAGCCAAGAGAAAGAGCAAAUUAAUCAAGAGUGUUAUAUCAUCAAAGAAUAUCAAAGCCUCUUCAAAUCCAGAAGAUCCUGAUAAGCCAUUUGAAUGUGAAUUCUGUCCAAGAGCUUUUAAACGAAAGGAACAUUUGAGAAGACAUUCUUUGACUCACACCAACUACCGGCCACAUGUUUGCACGAACUGUGGACGUGGUUUCCGCAGGUCAGACAAUCUAAAAAAUCACGAAAGACGUUGUCUAAGUUCGGGGAAGGCUGGAGGUACGGGCUACAAAUUACGCGAAGAUCCUAAUAGGCUGGAUUCGGAAGAAAUAGAAAGAGUCAAGAAGAUGGAGCUGCAGAAACGUGCCAGAUUAAAAAGGCUCAAAGAUAUGGGAAAGAGUAUCAAGCUUGCAGAGUUUUAUGAAUCGAAUAAGUCUCACACUUCUUCCCAAUUUCAAAACGAAAGGCUCCAUCCCACCUCACAUCUCAACAAGCUACCCGAUUUUGAAGAUGAGAUAGGCAGUGACAGUGACGUUGAUGAAGAAGAGGAAGAUGAUGGAGACAACGCCGAUGAUGAUGCUUACGAGGACAAAAUCUUUGAUAGAAGAAGGGAAAGAAGCCAUAUGAUAUCUCGCUAUGGUAACUCCCCAGCAGAGUCAGGUUUGGAAACGCCUCCUACGUCUGCUAGCGGUUGGCCAACGGCUCCCACAUCCCCGAAUGUUUCUAGCAAGCGGUCUUCUCUCAACACGGUUCCUGCCCUGAGAUUAAAGAGAGGUGACUUUAAUAUGUCUCCAAAUCCCUCGGUGGAUCGACAUGAUGUGGCCACGACUGUGCACAACGAAACGAAGAUGCGCUCAACUGGGAAGCACAGGCUGGACGAGAAGGAAAACCAUGAUUCAAUUGAUGCGGAAGUAGAUGAUGAGGAUGACGACGUGGACUUCAGCAGUGCGCCUUCCACUGCUGCCAAAUCUUCUAUCAAGCAUCAAGUGAAUGAAAUGUUCACAAAAUGUGAACUGCUUCCUAACAAUGUCUACAAAUGUGCCAAAUGCUCGCAGCUGUUUACAAAGCGAGGCAAUUUGAGAAGACACUUGGUGAUUCAUUUCAACCUGAAGCCGUAUACUUGUGAUUGUGGGAAAUCUUUCAAACGAUCAGAUAAUUUCAAAAAGCAUACCAGCCGUUGCAAAGUGCUAAUUAAUAAGAGGCAAAAGACAGACAACUUGGGAAACGCUCAAAGUCAUACAUUUUCCUCUGGAGAGGUAGGCUACAAAAUGGACAUUGUAAAAGAAGAACAAACUGGCGAUGAAAUGGUGAACUCUCUGUCGCCUGGCCAUAGUUCGCGAUCACCCUCUGUACAGUUGUCAUCCCGCCUUGUUAAGCAAACUGAGUUGUCCGAUGACUCGGGAAUCGAAGGUGAAGAGAAGAAGAAGGGGGAUGACAGGCAAUUUGAGUGCAACUUUUGUCAAAAGAAAUUCAAGAGGAAAUAUCACUUAAAUCGACACUUGAUAGUUCACCAGAACGAUAAUUUGCGACCAUACAAUUGUCCCCAGUGCAAUAACUCGUUCAAAAGGGGUGAUUUACUCGAGAAACAUAUUCUUAACAACAAGUGCAAAACUAUUACUUUCAAGGACUGA